UAAAAAUAGAAAGCUGCCAAGACCAAAUUAUGAUUUAUAUUCCACCGUCGGUUCUCCUGCUCCCUCUCAUGGCUUCCCAACUUGACUUUCUCACCGCCGCCCGCGAAUCCCUCAGCCAGCCUUCUCCUCCUACGCUUCGAGAAAUUCUCGGGGCAUAUCGUGCGAAGGGGGAUGGCGACCGCGAUAUGCUGCUUGCGAUGCUCAAGGCAAAGACAGCUGAAGAACACAGCCAGGCAGAACGGGCGGCCCUUCUACGCACCCUGAUCGACGUCCAGCGACAAACAUCCUACCCGCCGUCGCCACCGAUGUCCCAUUACCCGACGCCGUCGACGUCGCAUUCGCCCCCCCAGCAGCAUCAUUUAUCUGUGCCUCAGCGCCAGUCCCGCCACCAGCGGAGCCAUUCUCCGUACGCUUUGCCGCCAAUGGCAGACACGCGUACUCGCAAAAGGCACCGCGGCAUGUCGCAGUCGCCGCCAAGACAUCCACCAUCGCCUUAUUCCCCGACAUCGUCUUCCUCAUCUGCAGCAGAUUACUCCCCCCGUGCCACCCGGCCAUCAAUGGCUAUAGGCGCCCUGCUCUCUAACGGCCGCGUUCCAGAGGUCGAGCGAGAUAUCAAACAGCUCAGCGAUAUUUCUGACGAAAGAUCCAAGUCCCGAGAUUACCCCAUGACCACGUCUUGAUAUUCGUUUCACCUUCUGUUACUGUGUAACUUGAUAUUUAUGGUUGGAUCAUCGUUAUUUAUUUCUCAUACUGUACCGAUACUGUACAUAUUGCUACCACUACUGUCACGUUUCCAUGCUAUUACUCCCCUCAAAGGUACUACUGCGCAAAAAUUUCGCUGCGUAUUCUUGGAAGGACUUCCCAUGAUCUAAAAAUAGAGCGCCAAGAGGCUGUUUUGAAACUCAGAACAAGCCAAGAAGUCUUGGCAUCAUCUAUC